AGGCAACCCUAAGUGCCAGCUUAUUAUUGAUGUUGGAGCCUACCGCAUCGGAGGGGGCACCAUCUGUGCCGCUUUUUGGCGUGCUCCUUCAAGCUCACCGUCGCCAUCUUUGCGUUUGCUCAUCAUCUCGUCAGCCAGCAUUGGCUGUGCAGUGUUGGCAACUGAACGCGACCCCGAGUCCGUUACCUUCGACUUGAGAGAGCGACCCCCCGCCGACUGAGAGUCAUCGUCGUCGCCUUCACAUUACUCUGCCAUUUUUACGACACCGAGUUCUACAAUUGCUGAUACCGACAAUUGCGCGGAACUUGAGACGCGCCUGGGGUGAAAAUGAAGCGCAGCUCCGUUGAUGGGCGCCCAAGCCGAGAAAAUGGGGCGAGCGAUCCCAUGUCUGAUAAGAUCGGCACCAGCUAUGAUCAGCAUGAUAUGUUUCGGAUGGGCAAGACGCCUCAGCUCAGGCGCAACUUUGGGUUCCUUUCCAUGAUCGGGUUUACGUGCAUAUUGAUGAGUACUUGGGAGGCUCAACUGACGACGAGCGCCUUUGGCUUGUUGAACGGCGGCACGGCCGGAUUGAUCUACUGUUACCUCGCCACUUUCCUCGGUUUCCUCGCCGUCAUUGCCUCCAUGGCAGAGAUGGCCUCGAUGGCUCCCACCGCGGGAGGACAAUACCAUUGGGUGUCCGAGUUUGCUCCAAGCAGCUGUCAACGGUUCUUGAGCUACAUCACGGGGUGGAUUUGCGUCCUGGGAUGGCAAACGGGCAUCACGAGCAUUGCGUUUCUGACGGCAUCCCAAAUUCAGAGUCUCAUGGUCAUCACCAACACCUCAUAUCACUUUGAAAGAUGGCACGGCACCCUUCUGAUCAUUGCGAUUAGCUUCUUCGCCAUCAUCUUCAACUCGUACCUCGCCAAGAGGCUUCCUCUUGUUGAGGGGCUCAUCUUGAUACUUCAUAUUUGCGGCUUUUUUGCCAUUCUCAUUCCCCUAUGGGUAUUGGCGCCACGGAACGAAGCUCGCACCGUAUUCACGAACUUCAAUGACGGCGGAGAUUGGGGUAGCGCAGGCUUAGCCGUUCUGGUCGGAAUGUUGUCGCCAGUGUUCGCCUUCAUUGGUGCAGACUCUGCAACUCAUAUGUCUGAAGAGAUACAAGAUGCCUCGAUUACGCUGCCUCGAGCCAUGAUGUGGACUAUUGUCAUCAACGGCCUUCUUGGCUUCGUCAUGUUGGUCACCUUCUGCUUUUGCAUGGGCGAUGUGGGCAUAAUCCUCUCGAACCCAGAGGUUAUGCCUUUUAUACAGACGUUCCUGAUCGCAACAAACUCAUCAGCCGGCACUUCGGCCAUGACGACCGUGACCAUAAUCCUGACGACGUGUGGAUGCAUCACGAAUGUCGCUACCGCUUCUCGCCAAAUGUUUGCCUUUGCCCGAGAUUCUGGUUUGCCGUUCUCGAGCUUCCUUGCCCAUGUUCGUCCGGGAUGGGAUGUACCGUUGAACGCCGUCAUGGUGUCAUUCGUUGUUACCAUCCUCUUGGCCAUGAUCAAUAUUGGCUCGACGGUGGCAUUCAACGCCAUUGCCUCGCUCGGAACCGCAGCCCUGAUCUCCUCUUACAUCAUCUCCAUCACCUGCGUCGCUAUAAAGCGCUACCGCUCGGAGAAGCUCCCUCAUGCACGAUGGAGCCUUGGGAAAUUUGGGGGACCUAUUAAUAUCCUCUCAAUAGCGUAUCUCAUUGUUGUCUUCGUCUUCUCCUUUUUCCCGCAAACGGUUAUUGUCACUCUGGAGUCACUCAACUGGAACAUCCUCAUCUAUGGCUUCACGAUAUUAUUUGCCGUGAUUUGGUUCUUUGUUCGGGGAAGAAAACAGUAUCUGGGACCUAUAGCUUACGUUCGGAGAGAGUCUUCUUGAUAAUGUAAAUUUUGCC